AAAAAAUAGUCAAAACGUUAAACAAUUGGGAAUAAUAUUUUUUAUUUUGAAUCGUAGUUUUUUGACAAUAUCUUAGAAAAUCUAAGUAUUCCUUUCAGAAAUAAUAAUUGUAAAUGUAUUACGAGACUACCUCGAAAUUCUUUAUUUCACCUUAAGAUUAUCUGUCAAAGUAAAUGUAUUUUCUCUAAUAUCGUGAACAUCGGCGUGUUUUAGUAGAAUAGCAACGUGUAUCCGUGUUCAUUAGCGGUUGAUAAUGUCGCUGGAGGGUGUAGAGUGUGUGCGAGUGAAGGCGGAGCCCCCGUGGGAAUACACAGAGCACGAGCAGCCCGAGGCACAGGCGGCGCGCACAUGUACAGUGAAGGCAGAGCCCCAAUGCCCCCAAUCGGAGAGCGCGGUCGCUUGUGGCGUGAGCGAUGCCAGCCUGCACCUCAAACAUGAGGUGAAAGAGGAAAUUGAGAUUGAGGUUGGGCCCGAGGAGUUCCAUCAAUCCAAAGUGUGUACUUUUCCUCCGUGGGAGACCGUAGGCCUACAUACGGAGCAUGAGCAGACCGGUACGUUGAUAGGUGAGGUUAAGACAGAACCUGAGGAUGAUAUUUGUGACAGCAAAGAGAUGCAUGCUAGCCAGAGCAGCAAUGUUCAUGAGAGUGCACAGACCGAGAAUGUAGACUAUAUGGUGAAGGUUGAGGACUGUGGUGUGAGCGCGGCCGCUGCGCAGGCCGGCCUGUACCUCAAGCAUGAUGUUAAAGAUGAAAUUAUUGUCGGCCCGGAGGAGUGCCAUCAGCCCAAGAAACUUUUAGUGUCUCCAGGGCGAAUUCAACAUGAAGACCGAAGGACGAAACCAGACUCGAAAUCUUUAAGGAUUAGCAAAAAACGAACUAAGGGCAGAAUGUAUAAAGAAAAGAAAACAUACCAAUGUGAGCACUGUAGUUACUCUAAUGCCAAUAAGAAUCAUAUGAAAACCCAUCAUAUUGUGAUACAUACUAAAGAGAAACCAUUCAAAUGUGACCACUGUAGUUUCGCUUGUGCCCGAAAGGUUGGUAUAAAAUCUCAUAUGAUGACACAUACUGGUGAAAAACCAUUCAAAUGUGAUCACUGUAAUUACGCUAGUGCCAAAAAAGGUCAAGUACAACGUCAUAUUACGAUACAUACUGGUGAAAAACCUUUCAAGUGUAAGCACUGUAGUUUUGCUACUACCAGUAAAAGUAAUUUAAACCGUCAUAUAACGAUCCAUACUGAUGAAAAACCUUACAAAUGUGACUACUGUGGUUACGCUUUUGCAAAUAAGAUUUAUUUAAAACAACAUAUAUUUACACAUGGGGACAAACUUUACAACUGUGAGCAAUGUAGUUUUGCUGCUACCAGUCAGCGUAAUUUGAACCGUCAUAGAAUGCUACAUACUAGACAAAAACCUUACAAGUGUGACUACUGUGGUCACGCUUUUGCAAAUAAGAUUUAUUUAAAACAACAUAUAUUUACACAUGGGGACAAACUUUACAACUGUGAGCAAUGUAGUUUUGCUGCUACCAGUCAGCGUAAUUUGAACCGUCAUAGAAUGCUACAUACUAGACAAAAACCUUACAAGUGUGAGCAAUGUAGUUACGCUACUUCCAAUAAGAGUAGUUUGAACCGUCAUAAAAAAAUACAUACUGGUGACGUACUUUACAAAUGUAACUACUGUAGUUACACUUGUGCACAUAAAGGUAAUUUAACAAAACAUUUAAUUGUACAUUCUGCUGAAAAACCUUUCAAGUGUGAGCACUGUAGUUUUGCUACUACCAAUAACAGUUCUUUGAAACGUCAUAUAUUAAUACAUACUCGUGACAAACCGUACAAAUGUCACUUAUGUAGUUACGUUUGUGCAAGUAAGCGUUGUUUAAAACGACAUAUGUUUAAUCAUGAGGAAAAACCUUACGUGUGUGAGCAGUGUAGUUUUGUUAGUACCGAUAAGAGUUGUUUGGACCGUCAUAUAAUGAUACAUACUGGUGACAAACCAUACAAAUGUGAUCGCUGUAGUUACGCUUGUGCACUUAAAAAUAAUUUAAAUAAACAUAAGCUGGUACAUUCUGGCGAGAAACCUUACAAGUGUGAGCACUGUAAUUUUGCUAGUAACAGAAAGAGUAAUUUGACCCGUCAUAUAACUAUACAUACUAGUGACAAACCGUACUAAUGGUAACAAAGUGAGUGAAACAUUUAUAACUAAAGAACUGAAGGAAUCAGACCUACCGCAAUUCAAAUCAAACUAUUUAGGCGGUGUUUAGAAUAACUCCGAACACUUUCCCAUUUGAUAAUGAAGUAUGUAUUAUAUUAUAGUAAUGUUAAUAUAGAUUUGUGUUGUAAAUAUAGUUGUAAGGUUACUUGAUUUGUAUGUCAGUUGACAUUGAACAUGAAGAUAGGUCUAAAGAAUAAAAUCUUUGUUUUUUAUAAAUAAAUAUUGUUAUUAUAAGCAAUACACAAACAAGCAGAAAAAUAUAUAAAAUUUUGGCACAAUUGGUAACUAUGUUUUUAGUUUUUAAGAUAUAUUGUAUCAUAUGUAUGUUAGUUUUAAGAUAUUUAUCUAUGGGUCAAUAGUUACCUGAAAAUAGAGAUUUAUCAUUUCAUUUCUAAUAACAACAUAUGUACAGAUGUAGUGCAUAAUUGUAUUCCAUCGUAUUUUCUCGGAAACGUUCGUAUUUGUCAUGCUACUUCAGUCAACCUCAGUACUUUUUGUACUGAGACUGACUGAAAUAGCAAGAGACGUUCGUAAGUUUCCGUCAAAAUACGAUGGAAAAUAAAUUAGCGAUAGACCCGUUUGUAAAUGUGAUUUAAUAUGUGUUCAAAACGUGAAAGUUUUAAAUGUUAUAAAAUUAUUAUGCACUACAUCUGUACAAGUUUGCCUGUCAUUUGUAUUAUGGUCUGAAAUAAAAUCUAUGAUUGAUUGAUUACUCAAAACCUUGUGACUGCUAUUUCAU